AUGAAGAGAAAGAAGGGGAAGAAGAGGAAGAAGGGGAAGAAGAGGAAGGAGAGGAAGAAGAGGAAGAAGGGGAAGAAGGGGAAGAAGCGGAAGAAGGGGAGGAAGAUGAAGAAGAGAAAGAAGGGGAAGAAGAGGAAGAAGGGGAGGAAGAUGAAGGGGAAGAAGAGGAAGAAGGGGAAGAAGAGGAAGAAGCGGAAGAAGGGGAAGAAGAUGAAGAAGAGAAACAAGGGGAAGAAGAGGAAGAAGGGGAAGAAGAGGAAGAAGGGGAAGAAGGGGAAGAAGGGGAAGAGGAAGAAGAGGAAGAAGAGGAAGAAGGGGAAGAAGAGGAAGAAGAGGAAGAAGGGGAAGAAGAUGAAGAAGAGAAACAAGGGGAAGAAGAGGAAGAAGGGGAAGAAGAGGAAGAAGGGGAAGAAGGGGAAGAGGAAGAAGAGGAAGAAGUGGAAGAAGAGGAAGAAGGGGAAGAAGAGGAAGAAGAGGAAGAAGGGGAAGAAGGGGAAGAGGAAGAAGAGGAAGAAGCGGAAGAAGGGGAAGAAGAUGAAGAAGAGAAACAAGGGGAAGAAGAGGAAGAAGGGGAAGAAGAGGAAGAAGGGGAAGAAGAGGAAGAAGAGGAAGAAGAGGAAGAAGAGGAAGAAGGGGAAGAAGAGGAAGAAGAGGAAGAAGAGGAAGAAGGGGAAGAAGAGGAAGAAGGGGAAGAAGAGGAAGAAGAGGAAGAAGAGGAAGAAGGGGAAGAAGCGGAAGAAGGGGAAAAAGAUGAAGGGGAAGAAGGGGAAGAGGAUGAAGAAGGGGAAGAAGAGGAAGAAGGGGAAGAAGAGAAAGAAGGGGAAGAAGAGGAAGAAGGGGAAGAAGAGGAAGAAGGUGAAGAAGAGGAAGAAGGGGAAGAAGAGGAAGAAUGGGAAGAAGAGGAAGAAUGGGAAGAAGAGGAAGAAGGGGAAGAAGGGGAAGAAGAGGAAGAAGCGGAAGAAGGGGAAGAAGAGGAAGAAGGGGAAGAAGAGGAAGAAGCGGAAGGGGAAGAAGAGGAAGAAGAGGAAGAAGAUGAAGAAGGGGAAGAAGAGGAAGAAGAGGAAGAAGAGGAAGAAGGGGAAGAAGCGGAAGAAGGGGAAGAAGAGGAAGAAGGGGAAGAAGCGGAAGAAGAUGAAGAAGAGGAAGAAGGGAAAGAAGUGA